GUAAAUCGGUAAUCGGAAAACCAAUUAAACCCUAGCCUUUCUUUUCCAUUUUGUCCCUCGGGAUUUCAAAGGUUUGCUACGACAGUCGUCACCGUCGCUGUGCCCUCGUCUCCGUCGCUGUCACUCCAGUCAUAGGCCCAACCACGCACCGGCUCACAAGCCCAUAACUGAUUUGCACUGAUUGUCUCCCUCUCUCGACGUUUGGAGAAGCUAGGGUUUGGAUUGCACUUUCUGCUCAAGAACCGAAAAUCUGAGUAUCAUCAUGGCUGGCAAUGCUGAACCAAUUAAUGAGCAAGAAGUUGCUGCAAAAUAUGGAAACAUAAGAAGUGAAAUGAAUCAGAUUUACUCAAAAAUCACAGAACUAGAGAUGGAAGUAAGUGAGCACUCAUUGGUGAUCAAUGCCAUUCAGCCACUGGAUCCCACCAGACGUUGCUACAGAAUGAUUGGAGGUGUGCUUGUUGAGAGAACAAUCAAGGAAGUCUUGCCAGCUGUCCAACAAAACAAGGAAGGAAUUGAAGUGGUGAUUUCUAGACUUAAUGAAGCUUUGGAGAGGAAGAAGAAGGAGCUCACUGAUUUUGAAACUAAGUACAAGAUUAGGAUCAGGAAAAAUGAUGGGGAAUCCAUGGAUGAUAAUAGCAAGAAAGAAGGGUCUGCCCAGGGUGUUCUUGUGGGUCCUGCAAAUGCGUGAUGAAUUUGGUAUGCUUUUUUUGUUCGUGUUAUCGUGCGUUUUCAUAGACUGUUAUAAACAUGAUUUGAUCUUGAGAUUUGUAAGAGUAAGAUAAUUAGUAGUUAUGGUUUUUUGCUACUUGUUUUUUAAUUUGAAUGCAUUACCUCUGAAAUAGUAAAGAUUUUGUGGCCUA